AUGGAAAAAGGUCACUGAAGAGAAAACAGUAUGACUUUUUCAACUAAAGGAUGAAAAAAGCCUCUUAUGAAUAACAGAAAGUCCUUUAAUUAUUUAAGUCAUUCAAGAGAUAGGGCUGCAAGGUUGUAUAACAGCAUUGAAUACCAUCCAAAUUUUAGAGAUAAAGUUGACCCAAAGAAUGCAAAGAAGAAGAAGAUCUUCAAGAUUCCAGCCAAGACCCCAAUUUUAUUGAACAACUCUCUUUCUAUCCCAUCAAAACAAAAUAUGGGACUGUCUAAUACACUUUCUGAAAAUUGAUGGAAAAGGUUUAGAGCCCCUAGAUGUCUAAAGAGCCAAGGUAUACAAGCCAAGCUUAAGAAUUCACUAACUGGUAAAGUUUUCUUUGAUAGACGGACAGUCACAAGUCAUAAGAGAGCAACUUCCGAGAGUCUAUCUCUUCUUUCAGGAAAUUACUCGUUAAAUAAAUUUAAGAACAUUACUGAAUUCGAUGUAAAGUCUACUUCUAAGAGUCAUCUAUCUGCAACAAAAAGAAGAGAAGUGACUAAAUCAGAGGUUAAAUCAGGACCUCGGUCAGAGAGGCUUUCAAACCUCUACAGAUAUCUUCACAAGAAGAGAUAUAAAGUUUCUGAUGUGAGGCUUCCAAAGGACUACUUACGCUAUGAGGAGAAGCUGAACUCAGUCAAAGAUGAAGCAUCUCAGAGGAGCAAACUGACAUCUGAAAAUAUAAAGUUGUUCAACAAGCUAAUCGCAGGACAACAAACGAAGAUAAGAGAGAAAUCACUGGUUCAGAGUUUCCAUAAAAAUUCAAGUCAAGAAAAUCAACCUUGAAAAGUCCUGGAUUUAGACAAAGAUCUUGACCAUGAUACUGACAUCACUCAGGAAGAUGGUCCUGCAGACCCAAGAGAUGUGGCAAUGAUGGAGGCACUAGAAAGAGCAGUUGCAGAGGAGACUGAACGCAGAAAACACCUAGAGCAGCAACUUUUAGAACUAAAGGACUUGAUGAGACAAGUUAAACAGAGAUCUUAA